UUACAUCAAGACUCACUGCAGCAAUGGCCACAGUGGUGGCCCAUUGUCAUCAAAUCUAUGGGCUGCGGACUGGAGUGGCCAACAAUGUGUGCUUCUUUGACGAGCAAACUGUCAUCUUCCCCUCUGGAAACAACUGUGUACGCUACAACAUCGACCAGAAAUGGCAGCGAUUCAUACCAGGUCUGGAGAAGUCUCGUGGCAUGUACGCGCUGGCCAUCAGUCCCAAUAAGCGUUACCUGGCGGUGUCGGAGCGCGGGGACCGGGCCAUGAUCACCAUGUACGACCUGCAGCACGAGCAGUGCCGCAAGAGGAAGGUGCUGACGUCCGGAGACAUCGCCGUCUCCGAGUUCGUGUCCAUGUGCUUCUCCCCCGACUGCAAGUACUUUGUGGCCCAGGCCGGAGGGCCGGACUGGGUCCUCUUCUACUGGAUGUGGGAGAGGCAGAAGAUCAUGGCCACGGUCAAGACCACCACCGUCAUGAACCCCAUCAACCAGGUCAGCUUCAACCCUGUGGACAACGCCCAGAUCUGCGUGAGCGGCUUCGGCGUGUUGAAGAUCUUCCGCUUCGCCGAGGGCAUCCUGAAGCAGACGGCCUUCCAGAAGCUGGACACCCAGAACAUCCUGUCCCACGCCUGGGUCUCCGAGGAGCGCAUCAUCGCCGGCACGGAGAAGGGACGCCUGCUGGUCUUCGAGUUCGGGGACCUGCGCUGGGACAUCAACGUGGCGCCCAGUGGCCCUGCCUCAGCCUCGGGGAGGAGCACGGGGAGGAGCAGGUCUGUUAGCGAGAAGGACCAGAGGGAGGACAACCAGGCUGAGUUGCCGCGGGUGACGGUGGUCACAGCCUACUCCAAAGGCUUUGCAUGCGCUGCCGGCCCGGGAAGAGUGCUGCUCUACGAGAGGACGGAGGACAAGGACAGCUACCGGCAAACCCGGGAAAUAAAAAUUCCCCAUGACCCCUGCCGGUGUGACCCUGGGCGUGCGGAGCAGCAGCAGAUCAUGUCUCUGGUCAUCAGCCCCACAGAGGAGACCCUGGUGACCAGCACGGACCACAACCAGCUCUACAGCCUCACGCUGUCCACCGCCGAGAUGAGCAAGGGCGAGCAGGCUCACUUCGAACACCUGUCGCACCCCUUCCAUUCGGAGAGCAUCACAGGCCUGUCCAUCUGCAUGCGCAAACCCAUCAUGGCCACCUGCUCCCUGGACCAGUCCGUACGCAUAUGGAACUUUGAGACCAACACUCUGGAGCUGUAUAAGGAGUUCCAGGAGGAGGCCUUCAGCAUCGCGCUGCACCCCUCUGGCCUCUAUGUGCUGGUUGGCUUCUCCAGCAAGCUGCGCCUCAUGAACCUCCUCAUCGACGACAUCCGCACCUUCAAGGAGUUCACCGUGCGCGGCUGCAGAGAGUGUGCUUUUAGCAAUGGCGGACACAUGUUUGCUGCUGUCAAUGGCAAUGUCAUCCACAUCUACUCCACCACUACAUUUGACAACACACUCAACUUGAAGGGCCACAAUGGCAAGGUGCGUUCGAUCGCGUGGAGCGGCGACGACAGCCGGCUGGUGACGUGUGGCAUGGAGGGGGCGGUGUACGAGUGGAACACGCUGACGGGCAAGCGUGAGGCUGAGAGCGUGCUCAAGUCCUGCGCCUACACGGGCGUCACCCUCUCGCCCGACAGCAGGAACAUCUUCGCCGUGGGCACCGACUUCACCCUCAAGGAGAUCACAGACAGUCAGAUCUUGCGGGAGGUGAAUGCGGAAGACGUGACUUACACCAGCGUGGUCAUGUCCCGUUCUGGGAAAGUGCUCUUUGCUGGAACGUCCACGGGGACGGUGCGCGCCAUCAAGUACCCGCUGUCGCUACAGAAGGAAUGGAUUGAAUACCAGGCGCACGCCUCUGCUGUCACCAAGAUGGUGAUAACGUUUGAUGACAAGUACCUACUGACAGUGGCGGAGGACGGCUGCGUCAUCACCUGGAAGCUGAUCGAUAAGGAGGGCCGUGGCCUGAAGAGAGAUGCGGAGGUGUGCUACGCCGAGGAGAUCCUCAUCACCAAGUCCGACCUGGAGGAGAAGAACCUCAUCAUGCUGGAGCUGCGGACUCGCGUGGAGGAGCUGAAGAUGGAGAACGAGUACCAGCUCCGCCUGAAGGACAUGAACAGCAACGAGAUGAUCAAGGAGCUCUCCGAGAACUACAGCCAGCAGAUCGAAUCUCUCAAGACUAACAACCAGAUCCUGAAAACAGAGAAGAUUUGGCAGGAGACCAAGCAUCAGGAGGUGCUGGCUGAGGUCCUGGAGAAGCACAACAAAGCCAUCCAGGACCUGGAGUCGUCCAGUAGUCAGAAGCUGCUGCUGGAGUACGAGAACUUUGAGGAGCUGCAGGCGAAGUUCCAGCACAUGCAGGUGACCUACGAGCAGAAGCUGAAGGUGAUGGAGCAGGAGAAGUCUGAGGCGCUGCAGGGGCUCACCCUCCACUACGAGGGCAAGGCCAUGGAGAAGCAGCUGCACCUGGACCAGAGUCAGGAGGAGGCGCGCGUGCAGCAGAGGGAGUUUGAGGAGUUCCGGAAGCAAAUGGAGGAGGACGGCGACCGCGAGAUCCAGGACAUACGCCUCCGCUACGAGCGCUACCUCAUCCAGGAGCGCGAGGCCAACCUCAAGAUGAAGGGAGACACCAGCAUCAUGAAGAAGAAGUCCACCAGUCUGCAGAAGGAGGUGGAUGAGAAGAACACGCAGAUCGAGCGCAUGAAGACGGAGCAGAACCGGCUGCAGGCAGUCAUCAAGAACCUGGAGAAGGACACGCUGACCUUGAAGAAGGAGAUCAUGGAGAGGGACGACACCAUCCAGGACAAGGAAAGGAGAAUGUAUGACUUGAAAAAGAAAAACCAGGAGUUGGAGAAGUUUAAGUUUGUGCUGGACUACAAGAUCAAAGAACUGAGGAAGCAGAUUGAGCCGCGCGAGAAUGACAUCAAAGAGAUGCAUGAUCAGAUUCAGGAGAUGGAGAAGGAGCUGGAGACCUUCCACAAGCUGAACGUCAAGCAGAAACUGGACAACAAGGAACUGACCAUCAAGCUCGCUUCCUCCGAGAUCGAGCUGCAGGAGGAGAGGAAGAGGGUGUGGGAUGGCCAGGCUUUGAUUAAGAAGUUCAAGGUGGACCUCCACAACAGUGUGGCUUUCAUCCAGAGACCGCAGAAAUUGAAGCGUGCCAUCAAGGAGUUACACGACAAGUACAUACAUCAAUCUGAUAUGGUGGAAAUUGUGGGGGCUGACGGAAGCGUUGAGAUGGAGUACGCUCGACACCAGGAACAUCUGGAGAGGAGUGUGGCAUCACUGAAGAAGAAACUGAACAGAGCUAACUUUGGGCAUAGUGUAGAGAAUGUGAAAAUCAUGCAGGAGAACGUGACCUUAAUCACUGAAAUUAACAACCUGCGACGUGAGCUCAAGUUGACGCGUUCACAGCUCCACAACUACGAGACCCUCCUGGGGCUGAACAAGAAACAGAGACAGCAGCCCACCGAGGUCACAGACACCGCAACACCAAGAUCUGACCUGCUAGACCCGGUCCAUCGUUUGGACCUCCACAAUGAGUCAGAGAGUAUUAUUCAGCUCCAGAACCAGGAGAUCCUUCGCCUGAAGCAAGAGAUACAGGACAUGAUAUCCUCAAGACUGCCAUACAGGCCACCCUCCACCGCCAAGCUACCUGCCCUUAAAAAGCUAUAGUUCAUGUUCUGUGUCUCCAUAUUCUGUUUCAGGUUCACAGAGAUGAAAAAAAAGUAUUAGCCUAUACAUUAAACCAAAGUGUGAGAAUGAAAAUGUGAAGUUGCUUUUGUUUCAUUAACCCUGUAAAACCCAAGACUGCCAUACAGGCCACCCUCCACCGCCAAGCUACCUGCCCUUAAAAAGCUAUAGUUCAUGUUCUGUGUCUCCAUAUUCUGUUUCAGGUUCACAGAGAUGAAAAAAAAAGUAUUAGCCUAUACAUUAAACCAAAGUGUGA